AUUAAAAACCCGCUGUUGCAAGUGAGUUUUAUUCGACAUUAGCGUUCUUUCAAAGGAUCUUUAACUUUGCGGUGAAAAUAGGUAAGAAUGACUUGAAAUAUGUUUAAAAGGUGCUAGUUAUGCAAAAAAAUUGACUCUUCUUUUCCUUUCCCUCGCUAACUGAGGUACGAUGUAUUUAGAAACUGUUUAGAUGAAUACUUUUAAUAAUAACGGUGGUUAAAAUAUCACUAAGGUGAUUGAAUUUUCAGUUGAAGUUUUCUUUAUCUAACGCUUCAAAUAUCAGUAGAGGAUCUAUAAACAAUAAUUAGACGUUAUUACGAAUCGUAGACAAAUCACUCAGGGAAUUGCUUGCCGUUGUUGUUAGAAUAUUCUCACCUAUUUUCAGAGCAUUAAUUUUUCUAUACUUCUUUUAAUUUUAUUUCGUCAGUUUUUUCUAGGUUGUAUUUUGUGGUUCAGUUUUUGUACACCUCCCACGAUUCAAGAUUUUGGUAAAGAAUUCAUGGAUGUGUUUCAGCACAGCCUUGAAGAAAUAAAUCUAACCGGUUUUUGAGCGAUUAACAUAAACAUCAAUAACCAUAAUGAUUCCUUUUCUUAGCACAUGUAUUAUGAUAAUACAUUUGAAAUCGCAUUAUCGAGUGGACAAACGCAAUUGGCAAAGACGGAUUUUUCAAUGACAGCAACUGCUUUUCAAGCGUUAAUUCAUACUUCUGCUAGUCAAACUAACAAUUUUCUUAUUUUAGUUUGCUUACAGUUUCAAAAACGGCAAGUAAGAUGUUAAUUAUUUAAGAGGAAAGCUGUUUUGUCGUGGAUGAUACAACUUUGCGCCUGUAUAAACGAUACCGUAUGUGAAGGGGGAUUUCUCCAUAUUCUACAAGAGCUUUUAUCUUGCGAGUUUGAAACCAACAAAGAUAUUGCUGUGAAAAUAGCAUUUCUCUUUCAUAAAAUUACUCUAUCACAACCUCACUUUCAGCAAAGAAAUGAUUUAUUUUACAAAAUGAAAUAAAAAAGAAAAUGAAUAUAAAAUGCCAAACAAAUUGAACAGUUGCUAAUUACACUUCCUGCAGCUUUAGUUGGUUUAUUCUUACUAGUUAUAAUUAACGCUUCUUCACGCAAGCCCGGUUGACCGCGCUAGCCAGGUUACCGGGACCAAUUUCGCCUUAGGUUCUCAUGAGAAACUUCAGCACGGUUUCCGAGACGAGAAAAGGCCCAAAAAAGCGAAACAAAAUAAUUUCAACAACUUUCGCGCCUAUCAUAGCAUUGGCAACACUCAAGGCUAUAUCAGUGCAGUUAAAUGGAAAGCUUAUGAUGUUGAAAAUAUGCAGGCAAUGCAAGACGAUACCAUCCGAACGGCCAGAAUUUAUCCCGCUUUCAUCCUGGUAACCGCGGGUUGAAGUGCUCACAUGGCAAAAUUUCCAGCCAGCUCUACAGAGAUCCUGGUUGGAAAAACCGAGAUCUCGGAACCGAGCAAGUCCCCCCUCAUAUGAACACAUCAAAAAUUUUACAAAGGAUUCAGAUCAAGCGAGAUCUCGGAAACCGGGAAGCCCGGUCAACCGGACUGUAACACUGGGGCGGUUGGUCUAUCAAAGUAAGCUGUUCAGUGGAUAAUGCCGGUCACGUAACUUGUAACAAAUCUUUCAAAGGAAUGAAAGAAGAGAUAUAAGAAGAGUGAUACAUCAUACGUAAAUUUCUAUUAUAACAUAGCUAGAAAAUUCCCCUAAUCAAAUUCAGUAGCGCGAGCGUGCUUCAUAUUCCUAUUGAGCACGCUGAUGACAUCAAUAACUUAGCAAUCCUGAGUCUCCUGAGUGCAUCCAUAACUCGGCAGUACACGAUAAAGCGUUUACCAUAUGUUUUAUAAGGAAAUUUAAGAGGAAACGUUUGAAUUUGUUAACCGAUAGUAAGGAAAAGAGGUAAGUGUUGUUGUUGUUGUUGUUGUUGUUGCCAUCUCCACCAGCUGUGCGGGCUAUGGCGUGAGAUCAUUCUUUGCAAAGUUGUUUUCUCUCAAUGACAAUUUUUCGGUGAAUUAAUAGUUUUCCGGCACUUAAAUAUGGAUUUUACAAUCAUUUUAGAGUAUACUUUCUCUCAGUUUCAGGAUAAAAACAUAAGCUUAACUGUGAGGAAAAAAAAUAUACGCACAAACAUUGACGCGUACUGCUUUGAGCGCGCCCUACAAUAAUAUAAUUUUAAGUUAACUGGUGCGUUGAUCGCUUUGAUAAUGUUAUAAAACAAUUAGUUCAUGCUGCAGCUGUGCGUAUGUCGAGAUAUUGAGCACUUGGGAAGUUUGGAGAGCACUCAAGAGGCUAGAGUUGCACUCGGCUACGCCUCGUGCAACUCUUACGCCUCUUUCGUGCACUCCAAACUUCCCGCGUACGCAAUAUCUCGACAUACGCACACUGACGCAUGAACUAAUUGUUAAUUAAUACAGUUGGGAAGGAUUUGCUAAAUAUGUUGCCCCAUUGCGCAAACUUAGGGCCUGGGGCCCGUUUCUCGAAAGUCCCGGUAACUUUUCGGGUCCGUAAUCAAAUAUUCAAAUCGAAAUAUAAAGAAUAAGAGCGCGGGUCCUGGCUAGCAGACUACUCCAUUGUGUUUCACUAACUGAUGGUUUUAUCAUGCUAGAUGCAAAACUAUUGAGACCUCGAUCUUUAAUAUAAACGGCGACAGUUUACCGGGCCCGUUAAUUAUCGGGACUUUCGAGAAACGGGCCCCUAUUUACAUGGAGUAGGGGACCCCGGUCUAGUGGGGUUGGCUUCUUUUGUUUUCACGCUCUGGGGGACACAAAACAAAAGAAACCUACCCCACUAGACCGGGGUCCCCCACUCCAUGUAAGCAGAGUCUUAAUCACACAGGUGUUUCUUGUACGGUCAUGUUUAUUCCAAAAACAUGAUGUAUUAAAUUAGAAACUUGCCGGCUAACGGUGCACCGAUACAGAGACAAUGACCUAGCUUAACCUGCGUAGCAGUCGCAAAGAGAAAAAGGGAGAGCAAUCAAACAACGUGUUGCAGUGAAAGGCUAAACACGAGUCAUAAGCUCGUGAUAAAGUGAAACGUGACCUUAGAGUUUGCUUCAACAAAGAGAGGUUUUUUCUCUAUUCUCUUUAGCGCGUAGGUCAGUACAGUAGCAUUCUAAACUGGCCUUGACUGAGUAAAUCUUAUUUUUGCCCCACUAAGUCUUAAAACCAUAACCCUCUCUCCCCGCCCCUAGUUACACUCCUCCUUUUUUUCCUUCCUCCCAAUCUCCUUACCCUUUCUACGCCUGGUAUCUUUUUUCUUACUCUCAGAUCACAGCUGGUAAAUACAAUGUCCACAGAACAAACGAUAGAUUCAAAUCAUGACAGCGCCGAGGUUUGCAUUAGGCGUCUCUCAAGAAAACUGUCGGAAGUGGAAAUUGUGAUGGCAACACAGGAGGGUAAAGCAAAUCAGAUGAAAAAGGAGAGAGAUGCAGAGAGGAGUGAAAACGAACAGCUAAAAAAGGAAGUGAGAAGGCUGAAUAAUGAGCUUCUAAAAGAAAAAACAAUUUCGGCUGCAUUGAUAAAAAGGAAUUGUAAAGAGGAAAACGAUAAGGAGAUCACAGAUGGAAAACAAGAGAAAGGUAAUUUAUUGCGAAGAGUAAUUUACUACAAUCCCUAACAGUACUUGAGAUUUAGAAAUCAGAUAAAAACAGCGAGAUUUGGCAACCUUUUUUUAAUUAUUUUUUUGUGCCUGACAUGUGAAAUAAAACAUAAAUAAGUACUUUGCUUCAUUUUUUCCACAAACUUUAUUUUGACGUCAUAUCUCGUAACCAUAGAAACUGAUCAUUACUAAACUUGUCUCAAAAUGCGUGUGAGAGAUGAACGAACAGCUACUGAAAACGUCAGGUGCUAAUGUUUAAUCGUCUAGGUAACAACUCCGAAAAAACCUCUUCCGAGGGUUAAAUUUGCUUCCAAGCUCCGAGCAUCUUCGAAUAGCUUGGCCCUUCAGUGAAGCCAAGACAUGUAUAUUCGUUUCCAGCUGUAACACAAGCACUAGAGACCCUACGGGUUAUAGCAGGCAAAUAUGUUCCCCAUGCCAGUGUCAGUAGGUGUUCCAAACAAAUCCUUAGGAAGUUGAACCUUUUUUUUUUAUAUGUAAAAACUAUCUUUUGACUCAACGCAUCUGCAUCACGGAUGCUGGCCACGUGAAAACACUCUAUACCGAAACGGAUUGUAACUUGAAGCCUCUACUUGUAACGACAACUGUAAUAACAUGGCUUGCACAUAAAAAUGGAUUAAGCCCUGGGUCCAGUUAUUGUCGAUGAAUAAAUUUCUGUAGCCAAAUAGAUAUUUUAGAGUAAGUCUUACAAUAAAAAGCUUCAGUACUUUACUUGUAGCCUCAAAAAUCUUCAGGUGAGACAAAUUGUUCCUUUUUGAUAUCUUAAGAGAUCAGGAAGUUUCCCGUGGUGGACUUCCCUGCAUUGAAAAGAGAUCUGACUGGGGAUGCUCGUCGUUUCCCGUAGGGGUAGAAAGUACAGAUUUUGGUCUUACUUAGGGUGCUCAGGACCUGAUUAAUUGUCAAUUUUUACUUACUUAGGGCUGUAAGUAGCGAAAUAUCCACAUAAACAUUGGCAAAUAUUGUCACACUGUGUUGGAGUAGGGUCUUCUUUUAAGAUCAAAUAAAGGCUUAAACCACGCCCAAAUUGGUCUCGCUCCUUUAAGGGUAUUACCAAGCAUCUCAACCACCUUUACUUGGGAGUACCACCCUCCCCUCCCCGAAAAAAGUUUGGAGGCUUACGCAGUUUUUUGCCUAUAAUCAGGUAACGACGAUUUUGUGCCUUCCCAAACACGUAGAGGAAGCUUACCAGUUUCAUCACUGUGGAAACCAUUUCAGCGAAGAGGCCCCCAAGACUUCACCAAAGAUUUGAGAAAGUUGCUGGACCGGAGAAGCAACGAGUUACUUCAGCAAAAGCAGCAGUACCGGAUUUUUGAACACAGGUUUAAACAACAGGCUGAUAGAUGCAUUAAAAUGGAUGGCGACCUGGAACGCCUAGACCAACUGCUGGUCGAAUUACUUGGGCUGCACGCAAAGUGUCAUGGCUGCUCUAUUUUUCAGCACAAUAAGAUCGUUAUCUUAGGAAAGAAAAUAGAACUCCAUUGCACCAAGUUGAUUAUAUCCUGUAUUGCAAUGGUUCUAGUGGUGUUAUAUAUUUUCUUUUCAUAG